AUGAAGCGAGAAAACUGGUUUCCUACUACAGCCAGUUACCUCUGUUCAGCUCAUUUUGAAGAGAAAUAUAUGUACCACACAAAUGUCCAGAGGCGCCUUUUGUCAAAAGCAGUACCUACUAUCUUUAAUUUUCCACCACAUUUACAAAAGCAAGAUAAAGUAUUACGACCACAACCCAGAAAGCGAUCUUUCGACAAUUUGCAAGAUAGUGCUGUUACAGUGACAUCAUUAGCACAAAUGCCUAUCGGACCCACAUCUGUUUCUGCUGACCACAAUUACUGUCUACCAAGCCCUAAGAAGUUGAAAACACAAUAUAACAGAGUACAAGCAGAGAAUGUGCGACUGAAGAAGCGGAUAAAGCAAAUGAAGCAACUUUUGUGCACGACACAAAAGAAGAAUAGUGGAGUUACAGACUUUAGUUGCUGGUUUGAGAAGAAGGCUAUGUAG